GCCCGGGCAGGAGCUCCUUCAAAGCUUCAAGCUUCAAGCUAGUUCGACAGCCACUUCGCUUCCAUCGUCUGCUCUCCAUAGACACAACUCAUCAUGCUCAGCUACAAUCUACUCCCUACCACGCUGCAGCUUUUUCUUGCUUCUUUGCUGUGGCAACCUCACCUUCAGGUUCCCUCUCAUCGUAAUCUACGCUUCGAGCUACGCCACCAGCAUGCUCUAUCCAAUUCAUCUCGUGUCGUCUUCUCCGAUACCUUGCCUGACGCUGUCUUCACCAUGGGUGAUGUCCGCGUCAGAACCAAGAAGACCAAUGUAUUCAAGCCUGUCUCGCAAGCUCUGCUUCAAAGCGCUCGCUUCCGCGGUGCCACCGUGCCAUGGGACGUCUCCGAGGUAGACGGUCCGGACAUAGAGGAUCGAGAGACGUUGCUCUUGCUGGCCAAGAUGGCCAAUAACGCAUAUACCGAGCCUGGCAAGUCAGACUGGUACGACAUCGGCCCAAACUACAACAUCACCUACCCGUUCGGCUGGGAGCCAGACGCAGACGGCUUCCGCGGUCACAUUUUUUCCACGCCCGACAACUCCACCGUCGUCGUCUCCAUCAAGGGCACCUCCAUCUUCUGGCCCAUCGGGGCAGGCGGCCCGACGCAGACCAAGGACAAGCUCAACGACAACCUCCUCUUCUCCUGUUGCUGCGCGCGCGUCAGUCGGACAUGGAGCACGGUGUGCGGAUGCUACGAGGGUGAGAAACGGUGCGAUCAGGGGUGUUUAGAGAAGAGCUUGACGGAGGAGAGUUUGUUCUACUCGGUCGGGAUCAACCUGUACAACAACAUCACUUACAUGUACCCAGAUUCUAACAUCUGGCUCAUCGGUCAUUCUCUCGGAGGCGCGCUAGCCUCGCUCGUCGGAGUGACCUUCGGCGUACCAGUCGUCGCGUUCGAAGCCCCUGCUGAGCGUCUCGCAGCGUCGCGUCUCCACCUCCCCUCCCCACCCUCCGUCCAGCACGUCACGCACGUGUACAACACGGGCGACCCGAUCCCGAUGGGCACCUGCACGGGCAUCGGCUCGACGUGCAACACCGUCGGGGUCGCGCUCGAGACGCGCUGCCACCUCGGCCAGACCAUCAAGUACGACACGGUGUCGCAGCUGGGCUGGAGCGCGAACAUCAUCCACCACGGGAUCAGCGCGCUCAUCGAGGGCGUCCUGGCGGACGACAAGAAGGACUGGAGGGGGAACGGCGUGAACGGGAGCGUGCCGGAGGCGAGGUCGGAGGAGGACUGUGUGGAUUGCUUUGACUGGACGUUUGGGGACUUCCGGAACGCGUCUGGCGUAGGCGCUGCCGGAUGCGGCGGCGGCCUGCUUUAAGUUACUUCGGGACCUUAUGAGGAUAUAGGUACAGUCUGGAAUGACUACGAUCAUUGUAAUUCAC